UCGGGUUUGUAGAAUCAAGCACACACAACAAAUGCUACUCUCGACGGUGAAGGGUGAACCACCUCUUUGAUGAAGCUCCCUCGCACGAUCCCACCACUCUCAAGCUCUCUCCCUACCUUCAGAAACGCAAGCUCUGUUACCUUCUCCGCUCAGAAAGAUCCGCAAUUCCUCGAUGCCGUCAAAAGAAUCGUGCGCGGGAAACGGAGCUGGGAGAUCGCGCUGAGCAGAGACCUCGUCUCUCGGAGACUGAAACCCGCCCACGUCGAGGAGAUCCUGAUCGGAGCCCUGGACGAGCCCAAACUGGGUCUGAGGUUCUUCAAUUUCCUCGGCCUGCACAGAGGAUACGACCACUCGACGGCGUCGUUCUGCAUCUUGAUCCACGCUUUGGUCAAAGCCAAUCUCUUUUGGCCUGCCUCCUCGCUCCUGCAGACGCUUCUCCUCCGUGGGCUUAACCCAAGUGAGGCCUUUUACGCGCUUUUUAGCUGUUACGAGAAGUGUAAGCUUAGUUCGAGUUCAAGCUUUGAUUUGUUGAUUCAGCAUUAUGUACGAAGUAGGAGGGCGUUAGAUGGUGUUUUGGUGUUUAGGAUGAUGACGAAAGCUGGUUUACUGCCUGAAGUGAGAACCUUGAGUGUGCUGCUACAUGGUUUAGUUCAUUGUAGGCAUUACGGUUUGGCGAUGGAAGUGUUUGAGGAGAUGAUCAAUGCGGGUGUUCGUCCUGAUGUGUAUAUAUACUCAGGAGUGGUGCAUAGCUUGUGUGAGCUGAAAGAUCUCUCUCGAGCUAGGGAGAUGAUUGUUCGUAUGGAGGAGAGUGGGUGUGAUUUGAGUGUAGUUCCGUAUAACGUGUUGAUUAAUGGGCUUUGUAAGAAGCAGAUGGUCUGGGAGGCUGUUGAGGUGAAGAAGAGUUUAUCUCGAAAGGAGCUGAAGCCGGAUGUUGUGACGUACUGUACUUUAGUACACGGGUUAUGUAAAGUGCAGGAAUUUGAGGUCGGGUUGGAGAUGAUGGAGGAGAUGUUACGUUUGAGCUUGAGUCCCAGAGAGUCUGCAGUUUCGAGUUUGGUAAAGGGGUUAAGGAAGAGGGGGAUGAUUGAAGAGGCGCUGAACUUGGUUAAAAGAAUAGCGGAGAGUGACGUGGUGUCGCCUAAUCUGUUUGUGUAUAAUGCGUUGCUUGACUUAUUGUGCAAAUGUAGAAAGUUUGACGAAGCUGAGUUGGUGUUUGAUAGGAUGGGGAAGAUCGGGUUGUGUCCCAAUGAUGUGACGUAUUCAGUUUUGAUAGAUAUGUUUUGCAGAAGAGGGAGACUUGACGCUGCACUUUGUUUCCUUGAGAAAAUGAUUGAUACUGGUUUGAAACCAACUGUGUAUCCAUAUAAUUCUCUGAUUAACGGGCACUGCAAGUUCGGUGACAUUAGUGCAGCCGAGAAUUUCAUGGCGGAGAUGAUUGAUAAAAAGUUGGAGCCAACGGUGGUAACGUACACAUCACUGAUGGGUGGAUACUGUAGCAAAGGGAAAGCACACAGUGCUCUUAGGCUUUAUCAUGAGAUGACAGGGAAAGGUAUUGCGCCGAGUAUCUAUACAUUCACCACGCUUAUAUCCGGUCUUUUUCGUGGCGGGUUGGUUGGCGAUGCUGUAAAGCUAUUUAACGAGAUGGAGGGAUGGAGCAUUAAACCAAACAGAGUGACUUAUAACGUCAUGAUUGAAGGUUAUUGCGAGGAAGGAGACAUGUGUAAAGCCUUUGUGUUGCAGAGAGAGAUGAUAGAGAAAGGUAUUGCACCGGAUACUUAUACCUAUAGAUCGUUGAUACACGGACUGUGUCUAACAGGUCGAGCAUCAGAAGCCAAAGAGUUCGUAGAUGAGCUUCACAAGGAGAACCAUGAGCUGAACGAGAUAUGUUACACCACACUCUUACAUGGGUUUUGCAGAGAAGGAAGAUUGGAGGAGGCGUCAAGCAUUUGUCAGGAGAUGGUACAGAGAGGGGUGGAUUUAGACCUUGUGUGUUACGGUGUUCUUAUAGAUGGAAGUUUAAAGCACAAAGAUCGAAACAUGUUUCUUGGACUUUUAAAGGAGAUGCAAGGUAAAGGACUCAAGCCUGAUGAUGUGAUGUAUACAAGUAUGAUUGAUGCAAAGAGCAAAACCGGAGAUUUCGAGGAAGCAUUUGGGAUAUGGGAUUUGAUGAUAAACGAAGGAUGUGUGCCUAAUGAAGUCACUUACACUGCCGUUAUCAGUGGAUUAUGCAAAGCAGGUUUUGUGAACGAAGCUGAGGUUCUACGUUCGAAAAUGGUGCUUGGCAAUUCGGUUCCUAACCAAGUGACGUACGGUUGUUUUCUUGACAUUCUCACCAAAGGGGAAGGAGACAUGCAGAGAGCUGUGGAGCUUCAUGAUGCGAUGUUGAAAGGGCUUUUGGCUAACACCGCUACGUACAAUAUGUUGAUUCGUGGAUUUUGUAGACAAGGGAGAAUGAAUGAAGCUUCUGAGCUUGUAGCGAGGAUGACAGGGAAUGGUGUUUCCCCUGAUUGUAUAACCUACACAACGAUGAUCCAUGAGUUUUGUAGGAAGAAUGAUGUGAAGAAAGCGAUCGAGCUAUGGAACUUGAUGAUGGAAAGAGGCGUAAGGCCUGAUAGAGUAGCGUAUAACACCAUGAUACAUGGUUGUUGUGUGUUGGGAGAGAUGGAGAAAGCCAUUGAAUUGAGGAGUGAGAUGUUGAGACAAGGGUUGAAGCCUAACUCGAAAACCUGCGGAACAACUAGUUUGAAUGAUUCUAGUUUGAAAUCCUGACCCUUUUUUGUAGCUUUUGGUUCAUACAUUGAAACAUUCAUUGUUGACAUAUCAAUCAGUUCAAAAUAGAAAAUAAUGGUUAGUGGCCAA